UUACCAGAAGAUUAUUGGUUCUUUCUUACUGGAAGAGGUGUUAGUGGUGAUGUUCCAUAUUCUGACUCCUCCUUUUCUCUCUUUUCCCAGUGUUGCUGGCUUGGAUGUUGCGGUAGUGCCUUUGUUUUCCUUCUCAGCAACUCACCAUGUCACAAGAAGAUGUAGCGUCACUGCCCACCCUGAAGCUACUCUUGAUUGGAGACAGCUCAGUGGGGAAAUCCAGCCUUUUGCUGAGAUUCACCGAAGACCAAUUUGAGCCAUACCUCAAUCCAACCAUUGGUGUUGAUUUUAAAGUAAAGAAGAUGGUGGUUGGUGAUCUUCCCCUGCAGCUAGCAAUAUGGGACACAGCAGGGCAGGAGCGUUUUCGAACACUGACUCCCAGCUAUUACCGAGGCGCUCAAGGUGUAAUUUUAGUUUAUGAUGUCACCAAUAGAGAAACCUUUGUGGGACUGGAAAGCUGGCUGCAGGAGCUGGAAGUGUAUACAAAGAGAAAUGUCGUGAAGAUGCUGGUAGGCAACAAAAUUGAUGAGACCGAUCGUGAAGUAGACAGAUUGGAAGGCUUACAGUUUGCUCGGAAACACUCCAUGCUCUUUGUAGAGACCAGCGCUAAAAUGAGGCAUGGAGUGCAAAAUGCCUUUGAGGAGGUUGUCAUACGGAUCCUACAGACUCCAGAACUUUGGAAUAUCAAAAGGGAAGGAGUGAAGCUGGCUGAAAGCCGGACUCUUAAAGAAGCCAGUUCCUGCAGUGGAGCAACUUGUGCUGUUGCUUAAAAACUCACCAUCUUCAAAUAAAAAUAGCUCAGGUCAAAAAUA